CCUGUGUUUCCACUACUACACGACAACACACAACACAGCAGCACUACACAAGCCUCCGCGGAGCGGAACAGACUCGCACCCGCAGACUGCACAUCCACUGACGAGCAUAUCCAUCUUCAGUACCGUUUUUGAUUGUAACGAUGUGGUUCAUGACAGAAGAAUCCGUUAAGACUGUAUCAUCAUCGUUAGCUUCACGUUAGCUUCCUAUUAUAAGCAAAGGGGUUCCAGCAGUGGCUAACGGCUAUCAGCUCUAACAACAGAGGUUCACCAGAGAUGAGCAAAUAAAAGUAAUGCUCCUCCACAGCGUAUGACCAAAGGCAUUAUCGAGCGGUAACAGGACUGCUGGGAAUCGACGUCAAGAUGAUGAAGAAAAAGAAGUUUAAGUUCAGAGUUGAUUUUGAGCUGGACGAGCUGUCUUCGGUUCCGUUCGUCAACGGAGUUCUGUUCUGUAAAGUCCGCCUGCUUGACGGCGGAUUCUCGGAGGAGUCAUCGCGCGAGACGGUCCAGGCAAACUGUGUACGCUGGAGAAAAAGAUUCUCCUUCCCCUGUAAAAUGAGUGCUAAUGCUGGAACCGGAGUACUUGACCCCUGUGUGUGUCGAGUUUCAGUCAGAAAGGAACUGAAAGGUGGAAAAACUUAUGCAAAGCUGGGUUUUGCUGAUCUCAACCUGGCGGAGUUUGCAGGAUCGGGUAGCACCACACGCAGGUGUCUGCUGGAGGGUUAUGAUACCAAGAACACUAGACAGGACAACUCCAUCCUUAAGGUGAUUAUCAGCACACAGCUGAUGUCUGGGGACCCCUGUUUCAAAACGCCUCCAUCCACCGCAACGGUUAUAGGCAUUCAGGGUGAUGCAGAGAGCCUCCUGGAAGACAGGAAAGGAGGAGACACACAGAAACCUUUUCUGAGUCUCUCAGAGACAUCAGGGAAGUGUGGCUCUCUGCCUGAUGAGCUCGGGCUGUGUGGACACUCUCGAACGUCCAGUUACGCUAGUCAGCAGUCCAAAGUAUCAGGCUAUAGUACAAGUCACUCGCGUUCCUCCAGUCUGUCGGAGUUCUCCCACAGGAGGAACACUUCGAUUGGCAGUGCUUCCACUGGCAUUGCCAGCAUCCCUGAGCCCAGUGAGGAGAGUGACCAAACCACAGUGCCCCCUACAGCCCCGGGGGUCUGCACUGCUGUGCCUGAACACCCAUCAACCCCUGACAGAGCUGCCAGCAGGUACCCAGUGAAACAAGACUCAAUGGAGUCUCAGCUGAAAAGGGUGGAUGCCACACGGGUGGAUGCCGAUGACGUGGUAGAGAAGAUUCUUCAAAGUCAGGAUUUCACCCACAGUCUGCUAGACUCCAGCGCUGAAGAGGAAGGUCUGCGUUUGUUUGUGGGUCCUGGUGGGAGCACAGCACUUGGUAGCCAUCACCUUCCUGCCAGGGUUGGAGCUGGUGCCUAUGAACAGGUGGUAAUCAAACGCUAGAGUUGGGAGAUGCCAGAAGGAGAAGUGUCAAAAACCAAAGUCUGUUUCGUGGGAGGAGAAAGGGACGAAGAGAUUCAGACAUGUUGGUCUCCUCU